AUGCCAUGGAUCAAUGCCGGUUUGGAAUAUACCGGAAAACCGAGUGGAAGACUCUGUCUGUAUCUUCUGUCUGAGACUCAGGCAAGAAGAUCCCAUCAGGAUAUGAUGAGGAGGCUGCAGAAACCGGGUAGAGACAGGGCAAUUGUAUGGUUAGCAGAUGCGGUUACAAGAUCAAGACAAGCUUUCGGAAGAAGUGGACAAGAUCUCCAAGUUUUGUCUUGGAAGAAAAGCAAUUCAACUAAGGCAAUAAACAAGAGUUACUCCUCUCUUAGUGCUGUAAAGCUGUUUGAACAUAAUAAUAAGCGUGUCUUUAAAGGUAGGAGAUAUUCUCCUUUUAUACUAAACGAAUGA